AUUUCUAGACUCUUCGUCAUUUUUUUUUUCCGCAUUCCGUACUUGGGCUUCUCCGCGUUACUGAACCAAAAUCUUCUCGACUACAUCGCUAAAACUCGAUUGUUUUUCCAAUCAUCACAGCCUGUAGAUCGCUGUGUUCUGCAGCUGCAGAGCUGUCGAUUGAGCUUGUUCUCCAAGGACAAGGGUUUGAUUCCCAUUGAAUGUUUUCCAGGCCGAAAAUUUGCUCAAGAAACAGUAAUCCAAGGUACUUGACAAAUCGCAGUGGAAAUAUCUUUUAAUUAUGAAAAGUGACGGCUUUUAAUUCAUCUUUGAUUUCAUGAAAGUUUGUGAACCGUGGAAAUUUUAAGCUGGUAAAGGAAAACCCUGGGCUCUGUUGCCUGAGAUAUUCGCUUUGCUCAGAGCGUGUAUUUUUGAGGGUUUCUGCAUCGAGGUUUAAGAAAUAUAGGGCUUAAGACCGAGAAUUCGCAAAUGUUUGGGGCUGGUUUGCAAUUGGAGCAGGGCAAUAUGGGCGACCGUUCCGGCGAUCUCCGCAAUAGCAAGGCUUAUUCACGCGCUCAGCGUUCACGGUAUUCUGCUAAUCAUAAUGGUGGGGUUUCUGCUACCAAGGUUAAUAAGUCAGUUGUAGAGAAUUGGGAGCCCGAAAAUCGAACUUUUUCUGAAGAGAAAUGCCGAAGUGUAACCUCAUCUGCUUCUCCCAGAAGAUCUAAUUAUGGAAACUUGGAUCGCUUCCUAGAGUCCACAACUCCAACUGUCCCUGCACACUAUUUGCCUGAGACGUGUAUGAAAGGACAGCAAAAUUGUGAAGCAGAAUAUUAUACUCUGGAUGAUCUAUGGGGUUCUUUUAAGGAACCCAGUGCUUAUGGUGCUGGCGUACCAUUGGUGUUGAAUGGGAGUGAUUCUGUUGUUCAAUACUAUGUGCCAUUCCUUUCUGCUAUUCAACUAUAUGCAGUUUCUUCCAGAUCUACAAUUGGGAAGAGACAUUGCAGUGCUGAGAGUGAAGCAAGUGAUUGUGAAUAUUAUAGAGAUACGAGUAGUGAGACCAGCAGUGAUAGUGAAGCUGAUAGGGGCCACAAAUGCAGUCAUCAAUUGUUUGGGUUUGAUAGGCCUACUCUAGGAAAUCAGACAAAGGGUUGUCAAGAAUGUUCUUUCAGCGAUGAUAGUGAAGGUAGUAAUUCUCCUGGCUACCUUGUUUUUGAAUACUUCGAGCGAGCUUCCCCAUUUAGUCGGGAACCUUUAUCUGACAAGGUUGCCGAUCUGGCACGCAAUUGCCCCGAAUUAAAAACUCUAAGAAGCAUUGAUUUGCUACCAGCAAGCUGGAUGUCUGUCGCAUGGUACCCAAUUUAUAGGAUACCAACUGGACCAACCUUACGAGAUCUUGAUGCAUGUUUUUUGACAUUUCAUCCUCUUGCAACACACUUUAAAGAUGGCAGCAACAGUCAAUUUGGGAUUGAAGCUCAGGCACUCGUUGGUACUGUUGUGACAAAUUCCGCAAGGUCUCCAAAGAUCUCUUUGCCAGUGUUUGGUCUCGCUUCAUAUAAGUUUAGAGGGAUGACAUGGACUUCAAAUGGAAGUGGUGAACGGCAGCAAGCACAUUCUUUGCUUCAGUCAGCAGAUAAGUGGUUGAGACUUCUUCAAGUUGAACAUCCAGAUUUUAAGUUUUUUAUAUCACGCAGUGCAUCAAAUCGGAGAUGAAGGCUCAAUAUCAGAGCUUACAAAUUUUGGGGAAUGGGCUGGACCGUGUCUUAUAUGGAUGGCUCUAUUUAUAAUUCUGCCAUUUUUAAGAUUGCACACACAACCUUAUCUGAGACAAGUACUUAUGUUUAUUAUUCCUUGCUUGCUCUGAAGAAAAAAAAAGUUACAACUUUUAAACUGCUCUUUUCUAGGCUGCAGAUGCAAAAAAAGGAUAAAAACAAAUAACUUUGUAAAAAGAAAAAAAGUGAAUAAUGUGAGAUGUUGCCAUCAUAUAGUUUUUCUCUUCAGCAUGGCUUCCAAAUAUUGACUGAAAAAAGAAAGAAAAGAACAGAAUCAGAGUUAAAAAGGAAAGUCAAGGGAAAAAACUUUGGCCAAGAGAUGAUUGUGGUGCUUUUUCCAUGCAUAUCUAUGCACCAAAAAGCAAUAAAAUAUGUUGCGAGUCAGUUUGCUGUGUGGAGAUUCACUGCUCAGAUGCAAUCGAGAGACAUUGGUUUGCUUGUGGCUCCUGUGGCAUUUUAAAGAGCCAUAAUCUUGCUUGUGUUGCCUCUAUGGCUCUAUUCAAAGAUACAUAAACCGUUUCUUGCAGGUCAAGAUUUGUCAUCUGGAGAUUCACUGCUUGUAUAUUGAAGUUAGGUUACUUCCUAAUCUGGAAUGGCAGUGGAAGAUAAAUUUUUACAAUAUGAAUCACUGUUGAACACCACAGUAGCUGUUCUGAAAGAUGAAAUGACAUGAUAAACUUUGUGGCUAUAUGAUUUUCAAAAGUGUAGGCAGAAAAUUAUAUGGAAAGUAGACAGUUCUCCAUUCAAAAGUAAUUUCUGAAGCAUAUGUACAUUUUUCCUUCAAAGGGGAACUUGUGUAUAAAAAGUAUGUGAUAGAGCUGGUCAUAUCGAUAUAUUUUGGAGUAGGAAUAGUUGAAACACUUGGUUUUGACAAAGAUAAAAACAGAGAUGUGUGUUUUGACUUUUGUUGUAGAGAUGUCAUAUGUAUAUCUCUUGGAGCAGAGUAUUAAAAUAAAUUUUAUUGUUUUUUGGCUCGACAA